CAUUUCCCAUCUCCCAAACGAUGUCGUAAACUUGAUCCCUUUACAGGCACAGAAAAGUGGUUUGCUGGGUUUUGUUCCCCCAAAUUUUGCGAUAGGAUGGUAAGAAUUCACGUGAAGCAUGGCUGCCGGCGGGCUGUGAAUGGCGCGGACGGUGAACUGGAGUUCCUAUACGACUGCGAAACCUCUUCAACAAUCCAGCACAUCACCCAAGACAUAACGGAGAUAGCAAACUUCCAACUCCAAAUUCGACAACUGGGCUAUCAGCUCCUCCCUUCCGUCGCUGCUCUCCUCCACACCCACCGCCCACAAGUGAUAGCACUUCACAGAGCUCUCUCUGAAGCUACUUCCUACGCUUCCAAGGAGCAAGUUGUACAUGGCAAGCCAUUGUCAAUUCUUGUGUUAAGAGAUCACAUAAGAAUCAUAGAAACUGAGUUCGUGGUAAAUUAUAAGCUAUUGAAUUUUCAAGACAGCAAUUUCGAACAACUGCUUUCAGACUUGGAGCUUCUUCAAGAAGCCACAGUUCAGCUUUUGUGGGCUGGGAAAGAGUUGAUGAAAGGGAAAACUUUACGUGAUUAUAUUGGGAAAAAUGAGAAAACAAAGAUCAUGCUCAGGUUGCAGUCACAAGUCUCAAAUCCUGCCUGUUAGUCCAGCAGUGGCAAGUUGGAUCUGCCAAGUGAGUUGGGCUCCUUGAAUUCUGAGACUGGAAUUUUGAAACAUGUGGCGUUGCCCUCUCUUAAUGAGCAUCUUAGUCUACCUCAGUGAAGGCCAAUUUAUUGAUUUUGCAGAC